AUGGCAUCUUCAUUAGAUCCAGUUUCUAUGGUGGUCAACUCUGGAAAAUCUCUCGAAAUCAAGCCCAAAACCUUGACUCUUAGAGAAGAAGACCCAAAGUUGAUUAUUGAGCAUAUUGUGGAUUUUGAAUCCUUUAGGGUUAAUGGGUUCCCCUUAAAAGCUUAUUUUGAAGAUCAAGGGUGGAUAAACUAUUUUAAAAUGCUGAACGAUCCUACCUUUCCUUACUUGAUUAAUGAUUUCUGGGUUAGGACUAAAGUGCAUGAUGAAAGUGCAGUCGCUCUUAAAGAAAACCAGAAGAUUACUGAGAGUGAAGAACUCAAAGGUAAGAUAAGGGUUGAAAUGGGUUUAGAGGACUUCAAGGAGGUGGAAAUUAGAUCAACUGUUAUGGGGGUUAAUAUGACUAUCACCCAAGGUCACAUUGCAAAACAUCUGAAUAUGGACAACAUUGGUAGAUUUUAUUUGAACAACAAAGAUAGUAGUCCCGAAUCUUAUGUGAUCAAGCAACGAUUAUUUCUCAAAUCUGAAGAUUUUGGAAAGGUGUAG